AUGUCCACAGCUUUCUAUAUCACCGCCGAAGGGCUCGUGUAUGCAGGUAUCCAGGGUACGGUCGCCAUCGCUGAGGCAAUCCCGCUGUUUUCUGAGCUUUUGAAUGGCACAUCUAAAGUGGCCACCUUUAAUGCCCUAUCCCAGGGUAUACACAUCGGGUGGGCUUUGCAAGAUGACGUCGCGAAUCCUUUCGGCGACAUACGCGGGUCCCUCACCAUAGUUUACACCUUCGACCUUGACAGCGAUAUACUGAUCCUCGCAAACGCAACCCAGGCUCUCCAACUCCCCAUUUGUCGUUUCCGGGAAGAUAAACCUGUGGCUCUUAAUGAGUUCACUGCCUUUGAACAACCGUCUCCGCCUAGCCUUAACUUGCUUACGUUCCCCUGCCUGCAGUGGGUUCCGUCCUGCCCUUCGAGCUCCCGCCAACUUCCAUUUCUGACUCGCAUCUUUUCAGAUUUCGGGCACCAAUGGCGACAUAUCCUCCGCCGCCCUUAUGCUGACUCUACCUUCCUCAAGUUCGCACGCGCCGUUCUCUCCAUUGCAACAAUGGGUUUUACGGUUGUUGAAAUAGCCUCGAGGUGGCUACAUCGACCUAGUGGGAACCCGUACGUUUACAUCCAUGAUCUCCCAUCCUGGCAGCCUUGCGAAGAGCACUUCAUCCAGAUAGGACGCAUUGCAGUUGUACUAGACCAAGACCUAGAACACGCGAUAACGCUUGUGAGGAAGGAUACCACAGACAAGAACGAAACCAGAGAAGUAGCUGGAGGCCGUGUCCCGCUGCGAAACAACAACUAUAACGCAUAUCUGCUCUUGUCCAUGAGACAUAUUGCUCUAUGUCGUAUUAAUGAGGAAGGCGUCUUAUUAUGCACAUCACCAGCGACCUUCCUUAACGGCAUCGAUGCACCAUCCUCCGCUGCAAUAACUCUACUUAUUUGCGGCCUCUUACUUGCGUUUCCACGCCCUCAUACAUGGAUCCACGACUUUCCAGUCGAGCUCCGAGAUCAUAUCCUAACACGUGUUUCUGAAGGUUCGAUCGAAGCUGCAAGAUUAGGCUGCUUGCUGGAGCUGGGCCCGCCGUUUAACUGGAUGAGGGCGGAGGAUCGGUCUCGCAAGGGCGGCCCUAUUGGCAGGUUUCAAUCGUAUACUCACCGCUCGGAGAUGACACCUGUAGAGUCGCAAAUUUGGUUCGAGAAAUUUAGUGGUUUGGCAUAUCGAUAA